CUGCCCCAAUCGAUCCAUUCCAAUGAACACGAGGAGUCAUAAACCUAUGAUUUAUCGGUAAUAGGAGUUUCAGCUACCGUCGCCGCCCUAUUUCGUCUGCAAGGAGAGUUUGAUCAUCUUGAAGGCAUAAUCAGUCAUCACAGUAGCUCGCGUCUCUCUCUCUCUCGCGCGCGCGCAUCUGGCUGGUUCCAUUACCUUGUUGAAGCUUUUAGGGCAGAAGGGAUGGCGGGGAUAUCUCUUCUUCUCAAUCUGCUGAAGAGCGCGCAGGGCUCCUCUUCCUCCUCGUCCUCUUCUGCUCUAUUGAUCCAUUCCCAUGCUCUCUUUACUGCGAGCGCCGCCGCUUCAGCGGCGGCCGCGGAUAUCCCUAUAUCGCUGCCUCCAAACCCUUCGCUUCUAGAGCCAUUUUUGGUGAUGGGAAUUUCUGUUGCCUAUUGUGAUGCUGGUGCAGCUACAGCAUGGAAUGAAAAUUUCAUCCCCAAUCUUAGCAGUGCAACUGAAAAUGAGACAUCUAUUGCAUUUGAGUGUAAAAAGUACCCAAUUGAGCACAGGCCUCUAUUCUCGGCCUUUCAACUUAGACCUCUGGCUCUCACAUCUUUAAGGUCCUUUUUGCAGUUCUAUUUGCCCCUUAUUGAAAUUCACCCACCAGUGGAAGAUGAUGAUGACUUCACACUAGAUGUGCCUGAAGAAAGGCAUGUUGAUUUAUUGACUCCAUUCCACAACUCACUCAAACAAAUUGUUCGUGAGACUUCAGCUGUAACGAUUAGGCGGGUCCUGGAGAGACUUGCUGUGCAUUACUGUUCACAAAGAAUGGCAUGGAAACUUCUUAAAGAUGUUUCAAAAUCAGCUAGACGGAAGGCUAAACGGGGCAUGCCAGCUUAUUUAUUCUGGUUUAAUGUCAGCAGAACAACUUUCAGAGGCCAUGCACUUGGAAUUGUAGCUUCAUGGAUUGUUCAGAUGAUAGUAGCGUUUUACAGAUACUUCAUCCGGAAGACAUAUAAUGUUGGUGAAAACCAUAAGAGAGAAGAAAAAAUCAGAUUAUUUUGGAAAGAGGUCUACAGUUCAACCAUUAAGUUUAGUUCAUCAUUAAUUUUUGCGUCAAUUGGAGCAGGAAUUGGUGCUCUUUUCCAUCCUUCAAUAGGCCAGUGGAUCGGAUCUUCUCUUGGGGAUUUAGCUGGCCCUUUCAUCAUCAUUCUAGUUUUUGAGAAACUUCAUCUACAAAUUUGAGGGAUUGGAAGAGCAAAUGGGUCUAUAACCACAGUUGAUUUAUCUAUGAGAAGGCUAUAUAUAGAUUCCAUUAUUCCAUUAUUCCCUGAGUUUUUUCUGCCACUAAAAUUUUGAUUGUUGAAUUAUUUCAGUGCUGCUAUAAUUCUGUCUGUAGAUUCAUUUUGUAUCACUAAGGAAACUUUGUCACCAUUC